UUUGUAAUUAUUCCAGAAAACGCCGAACACACUACAGUACAUUAAGAUGUCCGACUUAGAGACCUGCCUGGGAACCAUCAUUGACACCUUCCACAAGUACUCGUCGAAAGAAGGCGACAAGUACAAAUUAAAAAAGAGCGAACUCAAGGAUCUGCUCAUGCAUGAAUUUCCGACUCUUACAGAGCAAGUGAAAGAUCAAGCAACAAUGGACAGUUUGAUGGAAAGCUUGGACACCGAUGGCGACUCUGAGUGCGAUUUCCAGGAGUUCAUGACCUUCAUCACCAUGGUUACCAUUUGUUGCCAUGAGUUUUUCGAACACCACGAAGACGAAUGAGUCGGAUUUAAAAAAAAACAUGUUCAAUUUUCCGUAGUUUAAUGAGUCACAAUACAUUCCUUCUCUUAAAUUUUGCUUUGUUCUUCAUCACACCGUAUUAGGAUUGUUGUUUUGUCUGGACAGAAUGUACACGCUGCUUGUAUGACAAUUUGCUUGGCUUAUUUUGCUAGAAUCAAAACCAGUUUAUAAUUUAUUACAAAGCAUGUUUCUAUUAUUUUGCCAAGACAUUUUCUUUCCAAGACAUGCCCAUCAUAGAUCUCAUCGAGUGAAAUGCGGA